AGCAGACUUGUUUCGAAGUUUGAACAKCGAACGGAGUUCAMUGAAGUAYUGACCAAGCGAAUUCGGGCGCGAUGGCUUACCGUGGUUACGACAGAGACCGGAGAGAUGAUCGUCGUGAGGGACGACGUGAAGAAUGGAGGGACGGACAACGAGGUGGGGAACGCGACUACUACYAAGAGGAGCGGCACGACACACAACGGGAGCGAGGGGAAUCGUCUAGAGAAACCCGUAGAAGGGCRCCACCUACAUGUUUUGAAUGCGGCCAAGUUGGCCACUAUCGCAAUCAAUGUUGGAAACUGACGAGCGAAGGAGGGUCACGACCAGGAGAUGGUCGAGCAGGACAACCGGCAGGUUCACGCGAAGCCUCACCGGACCGCUCGAAGUUGAAGAAACAGAUUGAAGAGUUGGGCGCGUCACUAGCAUCGAUGCAAGGUCAUAUUGAGCAGGAGAAGCAAAAGAGGAUCGAGAAGGAGAGGCGGAAGCAGGAGAAGCUGGAGAAACAACAGCGGGCCAUAACUGAACAGGAAGCACAAGAGAAGAAGCAGGCACGAAAAAACGCAAAGAUUAGAGAAACCGAGGAAUUGAGGAUGGAGAUGCGGAAGGAGAUGAGGAUGGAGGCUGCAUUAGUUGCGAGUGAACUGCGAGAACAGAUAUCCGGAGGUUUCUGUGAACAAUUGACGGACGAGAUGCUCAAGGCGCUCGCAACAGUAUCCAUCGAUCGGAAAGGGAAGAAGAAGGAGAAGCGUAAGAGAAGCACCAAGAAAACGGUGGGCAAUAGCCCACCGAUGAUGCAAUCAGCGAAGAGAACGCCGCAGGCGACCGGAGUGAAACCCGUGCGACUCGCAGCGAAGUUACAACGCACGACACCAAAGAUGAAGACGAACAAGACUCCGCCAAGAUUUACACCGAGAAGGGGUACUUCACGAACGAAGAUCGCUGCCACGGCGGGAUCAGCGGGAAAAGCGCAGUUCAUUUGUGAGAACAUCCGCGCACUAGCGGAUCUGGGUGUCGAAGAUCUCAAGGAGAUUUGUCGGAAGGAGGACGUGGAUUACGAGAAGAAGACAAUUGUGGCCAUGAACAUCGCAAAGAAGAGAUCAAUGGUGGCGUAUGAAAGUGAAGAGGAGGAGGUUGGCAGUAGUGAUUACGAGACGGAUGGGAUUGAGCAGGGAAGUGCGGACGAACAAGUCAAAGAAGAACCCGAAGCAUGAAGUUUCGAUGAUAUGAAUUUUCUAUGGACUCUAUGCAAUUGUCCUGUGGAAUAUCGUCAGGGAAGGACUUUUGAUACACGAG